CCCACUUUUUCUCCCCCCUCAUCCCAUCCCCGCGCCUGCAUAAUCUUCCCUAGACCUUCUUCAAGGCGUGCUAAAGGUUUUUUGUUUUGCUCCACCCACUUCUGAGAGGAGAGGAGAUACAGCUUGUCAGAAAGCAGGAAGUCUUACAGAGUCUCACAUAUAUACUAGCUUACAAGAGCAGAGUGGGUUGAUCGUGUUUUUUUCUCUACUUGUUUGUCGCAUAUUACUUUUUAAAUGAAAGGGAAAGUUUAGUGGUUAGGUUUUGCUACGUGGGCUGUAUUCAGUAAGGUGUUGUGAGGAAGUGUGACUUCUCGGAGAAGGAAGGACCUGUGCUAACGGAACUGCUCCGGGGUGACUGAUGAGGCUCUCUGAAUGCCCACCUUGUCCUGGUCUUUCAGCUUAACAUUGAGGAAGGUGGACCUGUGCAGAAUUUCUACCUGGAUACGUCCCUCUCCAGUCCAACACUGAUCUGAAAGACCAAAUGGAAUCUGCUGGAAUUUUGAUCAUUGUCUGGGCCCUCACUUGCCUUUCUGGCCCAUCAACUGGCUAUUCGAAUGGAAGAGUUGAAAAGGCCUGCAUGGAUAUGACCCCUCACCAUGGGAAGGGACCUCAAAAAUCUCCUGAGCACACCCUUGUAGUGAACAUGACAGAAUUUAAGCCGGGUGAUCACGUGCAUGUUAAAUUGUCCGGGCCUGUGUUUAAAGGCUUCUUGCUACAAGCCCGUGAUGCUGGGGAUGUGGAAGGCCCUCCUGCUGGCUCUUUUGCACUAGCCAAUGAAUCGAUAUCUCAGCUUCUCACAUGUAAGCAUAAGAAAUCUCGCUGGAAGAACUCGGCUGUCAGUCAUACAAGUUCAUAUAAGAAAACAUAUAUAGAUGCCUUCUGGAUUGCACCUAGCGAUGUACCAAAGAAAAUACAAUUUUUUGUCACAGUUGUGGAAGAAUAUAAGAGAUUUUGGGUAAAAAUUCCUGGCCCUAUAAUUUCCCAGCCUAAAACACCAGCUUUGACAACAACUAUGCCUACUGUAGAGUCCAUUCCAACAUCUCUACCACUUUCCCCACUAUCUCAGCCGUUCAAUGCUUCAGGCUGUGGAACAACAAAGUUUUGUGUGAGAAACCCUUCAAACUGUAAUCCUGAAUCAGAUGACUGCUUCUUUCUGGCCUUCAAGCAAGAUGGUGACUCAGUGCUUGUUGAAAUGAGUGGCCCUAGUGAAGGCUAUAUUGCAUUUGCCCUGUCAAAUGAUCAGUGGAUGGGUGGUGGUGAUGAUGCCUACUUUUGCAUCAGUGAAGAUCAUCAUGUUGACAUAAAUACAGCCUCUCUGAUUGGGCGAGCCUAUCCUGAGUUUGACACGGAGGAAUCGGAUGCUCUUGAAAAACAGUCAUGGAGACUGGCUAACGGUCUUAUGCAGUGUUCUUUCAGGAGAAGAAUAAGUCUUCCUGAUCUUAAAGGGAGACUUGAUCUAGAUGCAAACUACUACAUCUUCCUGGCAGAUGGAGAAGUUGGUGUAGACGGUACAAUCUACAAGCACCACAGACAGCCUCUGGUCACGAAUGGAAAGUAUAACAUUUCAGGACCAGCACAGGAUAUUGGGGGAUCUCGUUCCCCACUCCUCAUAAAGAUCCAUGGUGCAUUAAUGUUUGUUGCAUGGAUGACCACAGUUAGCAUUGGUGUCAUUGUUGCCCGCUUUUUCAAGCCCGUCUGGCCUCAGUCACUGUUUGGAGAGGAGAUCUGGUUUCAGGUCCAUCGUGCACUGAUGAUGACAACUGUGUUACUUACAAGCAUAUCUUUUGUUCUUCCUUUUGUGUACCGUGGAGGUUGGAGUCAACAAGCAGGCUUUCAUGCAUACCUUGGCUGUACAGUGAUGGCACUGGCAAUCGUUCAGCCCCUUAUGGCAGCAGUCAGACCACCUCCCCAAGCACCAAGGAGGCACGUCUUUAACUGCCUACACUGGUGCACUGGCACAACUGCUAGAAUUUUAGCUGUGGUAACUGUGUUCCUGGGAAUGGACUUGCCAGCUCUCAACCUUCCAGAUCCAUGGGACACUUACACAAUGAUUGGGUUUGUAGCUUGGCAUGUUGGCAUAGACAUCCUUCUGGAGAUGCAUGGCUACUGUCUCAUUCGCAAAGUUGAAGUACUAGAAGAUGACAGGAUACACAUCUUGCAAUCCAUGAACUCUCUCAAGGCACAGGGCCAUACCUUUAAGCAGACAGUACUAAUCAUCUACAUUUGUGGCAAUAUAGCAUUUCUCGUCACCUUCCUGGCAGCAAUUGGACAAAUAUGACAAUGAAGAGGUCUUAAAUCAUCUGGCGAGCCUGUAAUUGUGUGGAGAUGCAUCUUUCUACUGUGAAAGUUCAGCAUUGGGGAACAAACUUUUUAUCUGCAAAUUCAGGAUUUAAGCAACCUGCUUCCUUGCCAUACAGCUGUUUAAGGGCAGAACUAAAUGUUCUCUGCAAAUCUGUCCCAACCUUGAUUUGAGCCUGCCUUUAUCUUGACCCCACUUGUUUCAACACUAUCAGUUUGGAUCCUAUAACCUCCUCUGUCACCAGAGGGCUCAGGUGAGAGGCUCUUGCUUUGGACCAGUUGGACAUUCUUGCUUUAGAGUUGGUAUUCCUGCUUUAGAGUUGCUGCCUACAUGAAUUGAACUGGCUGUUAUCACACUUCAUAAGUUUUGCUCAUUUCUCAUAAGUUGGUGUUUGAAUUGGCAUGUUACUUGGCUAGUACCUUUUUUCAUUUGGUAGCCAUUAGAGUAGGGAAGGACAUGAGGCUGCCUGCCCACUUUGGCCUAUUCAGUGAAGAAUGAAUCUGAUCAUGAUCUUCCCAUCUCUCCCCAACUGAGCACAGAUGCAGUCAUUUCAUCAGUAUUAUCAAGCUAGACCUCACGAAUCGCUUGCAUAAGAGGAUCCCUUUUGUAUUUUCUCAGGUUUCCAUUGAGAAUGUAAGGCAGAAGUCUUAUUCAUAGGGGUUACAGCAGUAGUUUGGAACCUUAGAGGGAGAAACAUGAAUGGAAGCCUAACAGGUCCCAAAUAUCACUUGGACCCUAGGUGGUGAUCAUGUACUCUAACUUGAUUGAUAGGCUUGAUUCACACAGCUGAAAACUGGGUAGGACAAGUGCCCUACCCGAGUUUGGGAGCAGUGUGUGACCCCAAUUUUUGGUUGUGUGGGUG